CAGUGGAGCAUGCCUCUAUUUUUUAACAAUAUGUCGGCUAUCCACUAGCAGUCAUCGUACGAUCCAAUGCCAUGUGACGCCACUUCCCCGGGAUAGGAGGCGUUGUCCCACCGUGCUGCUGCUCAGGCGUCACUUCUAUGCAGAAACCGGUUAUCCUGCAAAGGGACAUACAUUAGAUAAAGCCUAUACAUAAAAUCGAACGGUUCAGGCAUAUUUGUGUCUUCGUUCGUGCUAUUAUUAGGGGUUGCUUGUCUAGGAUAUAGGCUACGUUGAAAUAUCAUAUAUAAUAUCAUCAUAGUCUUUUCGUGCACAAAAUGAUCAAGAACGGACAUCACCAAAUGAACACAACAGGGAAAGAUGCAGGGACGAACCUCGGCGCUACAGCUUGCAGUCCGGAGAAGAGAAGACGAACUAUCCGGGUGUGGUGCGACGGGUGCUAUGACAUGGUCCAUUAUGGUCACUCCAACCAGCUGCGGCAGGCCAAGGCCAUGGGAGAUUACCUCAUCGUUGGAGUACACACAGACGGUGAGAUCUCACAGCACAAGGGUCCCCCGGUCUUCACCCAGGCUGAACGAUACAAGAUGGUGCGAGCCAUCAAGUGGGUGGAUGAGAUAGUGGAGGGAGCGCCCUACGUCACCACACUGGAGACCCUGGACAAGUACUCCAGUGACUUCUGUGUGCACGGAGAUGACAUCACACUAACAGUGGAUGGGAAGGACACAUACGAAGAGGUGAAGAGGUCAGGGAGGUACAGGGAGUGCAAGCGAACCCAGGGAGUUUCUACCACAGACCUGGUUGGUCGUAUGCUCCUGAUGACCAAAGCACACCACAGCAACAUAGGCCAUUCAGACUAUCAACAGCACACAGACAACUUUGGGAAGGUGUUGCAGGGUCCGAAGGGCCAUAGUCCAUGGACGGGGGUGUCCCAGUUCCUCCAGACGUCCCAGAAGAUCAUCCAGUUUGCCUCAGGACAGGAGCCUCAGCCUGGGGACACCAUCAUCUAUGUGGCUGGAGCCUUCGACCUCUUCCAUAUCGGCCAUGUGGACUUCCUGGAGGCAGUUUCCAAGCUCUCAGACAAGCCAUAUGUUAUAGUGGGGUUACACUUUGACCAGGAGGUGAAUCGCUACAAAGGGAAGAAUUACCCAAUCAUGAAUGUCCAUGAGAGAACACUCAGUGUGCUGGCCUGUCGAUAUGUCUCUGAGGUGGUGAUUGGUGCGCCCUAUGCAGUUACAAGAGACUUACUGGACCACUUCAAGGUGGACCUUGUGUGUCAUGGGAAGACAGAGGUGCAUCCUGACAAAGACGGGUCUGACCCCUAUGCCGAGCCCAGGAGGAAAGGAAUACUGCACACUGUGGACAGUAUGAACAGCCUCACCACUGAUGACAUUGUUCAGAGGAUCAUCAAAAACAGGCUGCUGUUCGAGGCCAGGAACCAGAAGAAAGAGGCCAAAGAGAUGGCUAUGAUCCAGGCCAUGAAGAGGCGAGAGGAGGAGAAGAGCAAGGAGAGAGCCCAGGCUGUGCUGUAGGACGACAGGCCCGAAGGAGCACUCCCAACACCGAGGAACCAUUGCCCACCCACAGGGUCAAUCUGAGACUGACUAAACCCAAUACAUCUAACCCCCACCACCAAUGCAGCACAGUCAACCCACCUCCCCUGUGUUCCAACUCCCAACCAACACCCUCCAGGUCACACACUGUCCUUACCAACAGCCGGCCCCGACAGACAGCAUGCCUUUGUUUACAACAUGCAGUAUUCUUACAAUGGGAGUUCUGUUGUAGGUUCGACAUGGUAAUGUGUUAGGUGAGGAUGUUUUCUUUGUCUUAAUACAGGAUGUAUGCAUUUACAUGUCCUUUAUUUCUUAUGGUUUGACGGACCACCCAAACAGUAUAGAUCUCUCACUAUCUACCCUUCCCUCACUGAGUUAUAACCAGACAAGGAACCAGAAGGCCCAACAUAAUCACUGAGUUAUAACCAGACAAGGAACCAGAAGGCCCAACAUAGUCACUGAGUUAUAACCAGACAAGGAACCAGAAGGCCCAACAUAGUCACUGAGUUAUAACCAGACAAGGAACCAGAAGGCCCAACAUAGUCACUGAGUUAUAACCAGACAAGGAACCAGAAGGCCCAACAAAGUUACUGAGUUAUAACCAGACAAGGAACCAGAAGGCCCAACAAAGUCACUGAGUUAUAACCAGACAAGGAACCAGAAGGCCCAACAAAGUCACUGAGUUAUAACCAGACAAGGAACCAGAAGGCC